AAUCUCAAUGUGAUUGUGAAAACAGUCGAUUCUGAAUUUUUUUGGUUGACUCUAUACACCCCUUCGUAAUGACUUCUCUUGCACAAAUUCCCCGGAAAUAUCAUAUCGUGGAUUAGUGUUUUUUUUUUUGUAACUUAUAUCGUGGAUUAGUUUAAAUUAAUUAAACAAUAUGAUUAGAAAACUACAGUUAUUUUUAACCAUAUUUAACUAACAAAUCAAACUACUUACAUUACAUUUAUAUGUUGCCAAAUCUAUUUGCUUAGAAGAGUAUAUAAUGAUUUAGGUUUAGUUGUACAAGUAGUUUUGAUUUUAGAGAAAAGGUCUCUGAAAAAACGUAGGCUUGUUUUGAUCAAAAAAAAAAAAAAAACGUAGGCUUGUUUAAAUUCAAAUUUUAUUUUAUUUCCUUUUUCCACAAUCACAAUCAAAUUAUACGAAUUUCUCAAAACCCUCCUGAAAAUAAUUUCCUAACAAUCGCUAUUUUUAUUAAUAUCAUGAUUUCACUCUCCUCUGUGGAAUAGGAUGAGUUAAUUAUUUUUAUGGUUAUAUAGAAAUACAUCGAAUCCUAAACUUCAUCCUUAUCUCUUUGUGUGUUCUUCUUCGUGUUGUCCUCGUCUACAAGUUACAUUAUCAAGUGUCUGUAACGAGACAAAGACAAUGCUGCGUUACUUUAUUCCCAUACCUAAAACCAAAACGGUAAAUUUUAAAAUUUCUCUCUUUAUCCUUCGUUAUUAUUAGUCGAUUUCGUCUAGUGGUUUACCUUGUCAUCGAAUGUUUCACAGUAGUAUUAGGUUUUGAUUAAUGUCUCCGAGAAAAUUAACAGCAGAGCCUUCUUUGGUUUUAAACAGAUUGUUUUGGGGAAUGUGAUCAAGUUUACGGAAAAGGAAACGAAAACUGAGCUUAACAUAAGCUUGAGUCGUAAACAAGUGGAAGAUUCCAUUGGUAGAAGCUCCCAUGGAGUUGAGGCUAUUGUUAGAGAGGUAAAAUCUUUUUGAAAGAGCAUAUGAACAUCUCUUUUUAGGGUUUAUUUUUUUCUUAGUCAAAGUUAGAGGGUUAUUUAAUAGUCAUUCUUGUUUUUUUUUUCAGGAUCUUGUUAGAAUUAAAGCGUACCUUCUUUUUCUCCGAUAUAUGAUAGAUCACAUGAAUAAGCCUUGUAAUCAAGAAAUCAGUAAUCGUUUCACUAAAAAUCUCAUGAUACGAUGGAGCAGUGGUUUGAACUUAGAUUGCAAGUCUUCUAAUGGUCUAAGCCUUGCGAGUAUAUUUCAGCCUAAAUCUACACCAUUCUUCCAGUCUAAAGAUAUGUUGUUUGAGCUUCAUAUGAUACUAUUUAUCUACGCUCUGAAGCUCAGGGAGAAGGCAAUGGUGUUAGCCUCCAAAGAUAUGGUGGAAUCCACAAAGGCAUAUAGAGAAGCAGCUGGUGUUUUUGACUCUGUAUGUAAGAUUGGUCAUACUGAUUGGUCAUAUAUCGAGAAGUUUCCGGAGUUAACAUCUCCCGUUUGCUCCUCUUUGAAGCUCCUUUGUUUAGCUGAAGGACAGGCUGUGACGGCAAGUAAGGCCAAAGAGAAGGGGACAAGUGCAAGUCUAGUGGCAAAGCUCCAUUACGGUGUCACACAAUUUGUUGCUGAAGCCAAUGCUUCUCUCUUAUCCAAAACUAACACCCAAGUUAAACAACUCUCAUCACGAUUUUUGGAUUAUGUAUCGACAUUGGGAGCUUUGCACGAGCUAAAGAGUGGAAAACACUUAGCUGAAAGCUUGGAAUCGGAAGGGGAAUUAGGAGAAGCCAUUGGAGUCUUGCGCCGUUCGUUGGCCAGAGCAAAACUGACGACUCAGUGCCGGAGUGACACGUGGAAAUCGAUCUUCAAGAAGGAGAGAGAGCAGGUGAUUACAAUGAUGAACAAGUACGAGAGUUUAAACGAAUCCAUGAUGCUUCAGCGUAUCCCUUUAGAAGCUGACUUGCCUACUCUUCAAGGUGAUAAGAUUGUAAAGCUAAUCCCUUACAUUGACACCAAAUAGAUGAAAGAACUUAACUUUGAGUUCUUGUAAGAAACCAAGCUAAUCCCUUACGUUUAUACGGGUUUUAUUUUCUUUUGGCGCCUAUUUUCUUAUUCAAAUACUAGUGAACAAAAUAAU